AUGAAAAAUAACUAAGAUAAUGAUAUAGGUCUAAAUGUAGUUUAUUUAAUAUAAUAACAUAAGUAUUACUAUCAAAUACAUAAAUAGUUUAUCAUAGGAUAGAAAGAAAAUGACUCUUGAUUAAUUCCAUCUUUUAAGUGUAAUUGGAAAAGGUUCUAUAGGAAAGGUUAUACUUGUAAGAAAGAAAGACAAUUAAAAAACAUAUGCUCUUAAAGUUAUCAAAAAAACCUAAUUAAUAGAAAAUCAUUAAGUAAAGUAAAUAUAUGCUGAAAGAAACAUACUUGUAUAAUAGAAUUAAUAUUUUUAGAAAAAUUGUCAUCAUCCAUUUAUUAUUAAAUUAGAAUAUGCAUUCUAAAAUGAAACUAAGUUAUAUUUUUGUUUAUAGUAUUGUCCAGGAGGAGAAUUAUAUAAUUUAUUAGUUUAAAAAAAUAAAUUGACUGAAGAACAGUAAAUAUAAUAUUUAUAUCUAUAGAGCUAAGUUUUAUGCAUGUUAAAUUGUCUUAGCAUUCUAAUACUUACAUGAAUAAGAUAUAAUAUAUAGAGAGUAUAUUUUAUCAUUUAAAUAAGUUUAAAGCCAGAGAAUGUGUUAAUUGAUUCAGAAGGUUAUAUUAAGUUAACUGAUUUUGGAUUCUCUAAAUAAGGAAUUUAAGGUAAUUUUGGUGCACAUUCAAAAUGUGGAACAGCUGAAUAUUUGGCUCCAGAAUUAUUAACAGGUAAUCAUGGUAAAGCAGCAGAUUGGUGGACAUUUGGAACAUUAAUUUAUGAAAUGGUUAUUGGUUAACCAGCAUUUUUUGGAGAAACUAAAGAAGAAUUAUUCAAUUAAAUUCUUCAUCAUGAAAUUAAUUACAAAAAAAUUGGUGUUUCUUCUUAAUUAAAAGAUUUAUUAUCUAAAUUAUUGUAAAAAGAUCCAAAUAAUAGAAUUAGUUCAGCUAACGAAGUAAAAUUAUAUAAUGAUAUUAAAUCUAGGUUAAAAAACAUCCUUGGUUUAAAAAUGUUGAUUGGGAUAUGAUUUUUAAAAAAUAAAUUCCUCCUGUCUUUCUUCCUUUAUUAAAUAGUGAUGAUGAUGUUUAAUAUUUCGAUGAUGUAAUUUAAUAUUUAUCUUAUUAUUUAGUGUUUCUUAAAAGAACCUAUUUUCUCUUAAACUAAUUCAUUAUCCACAAAAGAAUAAAUGAAUAAUUCAUAUUAAGGAUUUUCGUAUUCUGCUUCUCUCUAAUAAAAUAAAGAAGAAUAAUGGGAAUUUUGA